GGGCUCGAACUCACGAACUGUGAGAUCAUGACCCAAGCCGAAGUCAGAUGCUCAACCAACUAAACCACCCAGGCACCCCUAGACUCUACUUUUUAAUGGAAGGAACAGUAAAGUCACAUUCCAAAGGGCAUACAGACAGCGAUGGGAAGAACUUGUGGCCAUUUUGCAAACCUGUAACUCAUAGAAUAAGGCAUUCUUGUCUUUCAUUCACUCUGUGUCCUCAUUCUUCCUAUAGAUAACCAUUUUUAUUUUUGGUUCUUUCCCUGUGCUUCUUUUUGGAUAAGCAAAUAAUAUACAUAUAAAUAUAUACACAUGUUUUAUAUAUAUAUGUAUUUGUGUGUGUAUAUAUAUACACACUUGAGUCAAUAUUUUUACCUCAAAGCUAUUAUUCAUAGUAAACACAUGCACAUUAGCCCUUCAGCUCAGGUUCACAGGUCUUCCCUGGAGAAGGAUGUCAGGCUGGUUAAACUCAGGAUGUCUUUCUCUGACAUCACCUCCUGAGAGCACUGGAAAGUUCUGGUCUCCAGGGGUCACCAGCCGGGCUCAUCUGUGGUGUGUGCAAAGAGCUCCAUGCACAGCUUUAUGCUCUGGUGCUGAACAGUUUUACUUUCUGGGACAGCAGAGAGUUUUGUCCAACUACUUAAGGCAAAAUCAAGGCCAUGGGAAAGAAUCAUAUGACUGAGUCAAGACGGCCCCAACAUUCAGGCUCCACCUCCCAGUUUCCACUCACCAGCAUAUUCUUAACAAAAAGGGAUCCUGCCUUUCAGAUGAUCACAGUUACCAAGGAAACGGGCCUUGGUCUGAAGAUCCUUGGAGGAAUUAACCGGAACGAAGGCCCCUUGGUAUAUAUUCAGGAAAUUAUUCCUGGAGGAGACUGUUACAAGGAUGGACGUUUGAAACCAGGAGAUCAACUUGUCUCAAUAAACAGGGAAUCUAUGAUUGGUGUAUCCUUUGAAGAAGCAAAAAGCAUAAUUACUAGAGCCAAGUUAAGGUCAGAAUCUGCUUGGGAGAUAGCCUUCAUAAGACAAAAAUCGGAUGGCAGUCAUCUAGAAAAUCCAUCUUGUACAUCCCUUUUACAAGCUUCAGGAGAAUAUGGACCACAAGCCUCAACAUUUAGCCUUCUUCCUUCUCCUCCUGAAAUACUAAUUCCAAAGAUCUCAUCUACUCCCCAAACUACAGAUACCAUUUUAUCUUCUUUUAGGAGAAAUCAGAUAAAAACUGGAUACAAGAAAACAGAACAGACUCCAAUUACUUCUUCAGAAAACAGCCCUACGGAUAUGUCUAAUACAGAUAUUGCCCCUGCCUGGACUGAUAAUUAUGGACCACAAGGAAAGAAGAUUUCCCUAAAUCCUUCUGUUCGCCUUAAGGCAGAGAAACUGGAAAUGGCUCUAGAUUAUCUUGGUAUUCAGCCCACAAAGGAACAACACCAAGCCCUGAGACAGCAAGUGCAAGCAGACCCAAAGGGGACAGUGUCUUUUGGAGAUUUUGUCCAGGUUGCCAGAAACUUGUUUUCCUUGCAGUUGGAUGAAGUAAAUGUUGGUGAAUGCGAAAUUUCCAACAUACUAGAUUCACAGCUUCUUCCCUGUGAUUCCUUAGAGGCAGAUGAAAUGGAAAGGCUUAAGCGUGAAAGAAAUGAUGCCUUGGAGGAAGUGAAUACACUCAAGGAAAAACUAUUUGAAUCAGAAAGGCAAAAGAAACAGUUGACAGAAGAACUCCAGAAUGUGAAACAAGAAGCCAAAGCUGUUGUUGAAGAAACCAGAGCCCUGCGAAGUCGGAUUCACCUUGCCGAAGCCGCACAGCGACAGGCACAUGGAAUGGAAAUGGACUAUGAAGAAGUGAUCCAUCUGUUAGAGGCCGAGAUCACAGAUCUAAAGGCUCAGCUUGCUGAUUAUUCGGACCAAAAUAAAGAAAGUGUUCAGGAGUUAAGAAAGAGAAUCACAGUGCUCGACUGCCAAUUGCGAAAAUCGGAAAUGGCUCGAAAAACUUUUGAGGCAUCCACUGAAAAGCUUCUUCAUUUUGUAGAGACUAUUCAAGAAUUACUUUCUGAUAAUUCUUAUCCUUUAUCAAAUUUAAGUGAAAGAAGAGCUUUGUUAGCUUCUCAGACUUCCCUCGCACCCCUGGGAAGGAACGGACGUAACAUCGCAGCAACACUGGCACUUGAAUCUAAGGAACUUGUUAAAUCUGUUCGGGCCAUACUUGAUAUGGAUUGUCUACCUUAUGGGUGGGAGGAAGCUUACACAGCAGAUGGAAUCAAGUACUUCAUCAAUCACGUAACACAGACGACAUCCUGGAUCCAUCCCGUGAUGAAUGCACUGAACCUGUCUUGCUCAGAGGAAAAUGAAGAGGACUGUUCCAGAGAACUUCCUGAUCGAAGAGUUGAUGGUCUUCUGUAGGAAGCAGAGCUCCAAGGUCUCUAACUUCUCAGUCUACAUGGAUGACUCCAACAUGCAAUGGUCUAAAAUAGGAGUAGUAAAGCACACACUACUUAUUGAAGUUCUAAAAUGGAGACUCUGGGUUUAGUCUACUUUUGUAAGACUUUUUUUUUUUUUUUUGGACUGUGAUGAGCAUUUUUUUUAUUUAAUUGAAGUGUAAUUCACAUAUAGUGUUCUAUCAGUUUCAAGUGUACAGUAUAGUGAUUCAGUAAUUCUGUGCGUUACUCUGUGGUCAUCCUAACUGUACUCUUUGAUCCCUUUUAUUUCAUCCAUUCUCCUACCCGCCUCCCCCCAGCAACUACCAUCUUGUUCUCUGUAUUUAAGAGUCUGCUUUUUUGUUUGUCUCUUUUUUUCUUUGUUUGUUUGGUUUGUUUCUUAAAUUCUACAUAUGAGUGAGAGCAUAUGGUAUGGUAAAACUUUUUGGUAUAAGUGUGUACACUUACAAGAUCAGUUGCCACUACAGUAGUCCUUUAAGAAUAAUCUAGUUGUAUUUUUUUAAAUCAUAUAUAGAUUUUAUCAUAUGUAUAAUUUUUCAUAUACAACUUGAUUUGUAAUUUUUUAUAUAGUUCUUUAUAGAGUAUCCGAUACAACGGGUUUUUUUAAUUAAGACUUACCGGAAAAUUAUGUGAACACAGUGAAGCACUUCAUUUAUUUGAUGUGACUAACCUUUUAUAUUAGUAUCUUGGGAAAGUGCUCUGAGCAAGCUUUUGGGGGUUUCUUAAGGAUCACAUUUGGACAACUAUCUCAUUGGCUACUGAAUGCAGUUUACGUAUUUGUGGGGCUCUCCAACUUACGAAAUGCUCUUCAGACCCUGUUUUGUUCAACAUGCCCAUAAGGCAGAUCCAGUGGGUAUUUUUAUUCUUGUUUUUCAGUUAGGGAAAUAGUGGUUCAGAGAAAUGAAGCACCUUGUCCUGGAGCUGAGAUUCACACCUGAGUCUUCUGAUUCCACGUCGAGCCCCUUUUCUGCUGCACCCCGCUGUCCCUGCAGAGGGAGGUCACAGCCCAACACGCAGGCCACAGUGGUUCUGUUGAUACAGCUGAGCUCCACAGCUGUGCACUCCAGUGGCCACAGAGAUUCAAGAGGUACCUCUUCAGUCGGAUGUUGCCCCCACAUAACCCCACUAUUCUCCUAUAAACCCUUUCACCUCCCAUACCCCCAAAUAUUCACCAA